UAAUGUGUAAAUAAUAGUGAUAAGAACCCGCACUGAAACGAAAAACACCACAACAGCAGCCACAUGAAAGAGCAAACAACAAGCGCCGAGAAAAAGCAACAAAACUAAGAAUAUUUCCAGUUAAAUUGCGAGGAGAAAAGCAAAAAAAAAAAAGCAACAGCACCAGCAGAGCAGUCAGCAGAGACGCGAGCAGUGGGCAGAGCUCGCGCCUACGCUUCCUCCACCUCCACCUCUCUCUCUCUCUCUCUCUCUUCCACCCGUUUUCUCCAUCUAUCCCUCUUUCCCUCUCUGUGUGUUUGUGUGAGUGUCCGCCUAAUGCUGCUCCCACUUGAAAAGUCGUCGCUGUCGUCGCCGCAAACGAAACGGAAGUAAUAAAAUACAAAAAAAAACUUUAGGCAAAAAAAAACACUUGAACGAUACAAGAAAGAAAAUACAUACAUAUAUAGUAUUUCUGUCGGCCAAAAGGAAAAAGCGAAAGUCGGAGAAAAAGGCCCCAAGACGCCAGCGAACGUGUCUGCAGAAUUGAAAGCCAGUAGGGCAGCGUCAGCGACAGUCAUGCCACUGGCUGACUCCAACAAGGAUAUUCGACAGCAGCAGCAGCAGUUGCAGCAGCAGCAGCAGCCCAAUAACAAUGUAGCAGUAGCAGCACCCCCACUGGACAAUGCACAGGCGUCACAGGCUGCCAGCCCCAGCGGCAAUGGCAGCGGUGGCGUCGCAGGGAUGGGGCUGCAGCUGCGCCAGCGCAUGCAGAUUACCUCCUCCGGGUGCAGCAGUCUGGCGGUUACUCCCAUGGAGCACACGCCCACCGACGAGGAGAGCGGGCCCGUGACGACGGUGACGUCAUCGCAGAGACGCCAACAGCUGCAACAGGUGCAGCAGUCGGCGCUCCAAGCGGCCCUCGAGCAGCACCAUAUCUCACCCACAACCCCAACGCCAGGAGCAAAAGGAGGCGGAGGCGGAGGCGGAGGAGGAGCUGCAGCAAACGAAGCUAGAGGAGGACUAGGAAGACAGGAGGCCCCUGCCACGAGAGAGACAGAGACGGAGACAGGGAAAGCAGCAGAGGACUCUUCGCAUGCGGAUCGAACGCUAUGCCCCCCGCCGGAGCAAAUGGAACUAAGCGACUCGGAGCACUCGUAUGGGGGGGCAUCGGGUAGCGGCGGGGAGUGCGAGAACGAGUUCGAGCUGCGCGAGGUGGUUAAGGAGGGGCACGACAAGGCGGAUCCCUCGCAGUUCGAGCUGCUGCGCGUGCUGGGCGAGGGUAGCUUCGGUAAGGUGUUCCUCGUGCGCAAGAUAAUUGGCAAGGAUGCGGGCACCCUGUACGCGAUGAAAGUGCUGAAGAAGGCCACGCUUAAGGUCAAGGAUCGCGUGCGCAGCACCAACGAGCGCAAGAUCCUAGCCGAUGUGGGGCACGCCUUCAUCGUGCGUCUGCACUACGCCUUCCAGACACCCGGAAAGCUCUACCUGAUCCUGGACUUUCUGCGCGGCGGCGACCUCUUCACGCGGCUAUCCAAGGAGGUUAUGUUCACCGAGGAGGACGUCAAGUUCUAUCUGGCCGAGCUGGCCCUGGCCAUGAACCACCUGCACACGCUGGGCAUCAUCUACCGCGACCUCAAGCCCGAGAACAUCCUGCUGGAUGAGCACGGCCACAUUGCCCUCACAGACUUCGGGCUCUCCAAGCAGCCCCUGGACGGCUCGAAGACGUACAGCUUCUGCGGCACGGUGGAGUACAUGGCCCCGGAGAUUGUCAACCGCAAGGGGCACGACUUUGCCGCCGACUGGUGGUCCUUUGGCGUCCUCAUGUACGAGAUGCUGACGGGAAAUCUGCCCUUCCACGGCCAAACGCGCCAGGAGACCAUGAACCAGAUCCUGCGCUCGAAACUCGGCAUGCCCGAGAACCUGUCCCCGGAGGCGCAGUCCCUGCUGCGGGCGCUCUUCAAGCGCAAUCCCCAGAACCGGCUGGGCGCCGGCUCCCAGGGCAUUCUGGACAUCAAGGCACAUUGCUUCUUUGCGACAAUCGAUUGGGUGCGGCUGGAGAGGAAGCAGGUGCGCCCGCCGUUCAUUCCCGCCGUCAGCCGGGAUGACGCCUUCUACUUCGAUGUGGAGUACACGUCAAAGUCUCCCCGCGACUCCCCCGGCGGCCCCAUAUCGGCCUCGGCCCACGAGAUCUUCCGGGGAUUCAGCUUCGUGGCGCCCGUGCUGCUGGAGGCUCACGGAACUCCUACCUCCCAGAACUGUUCAAGCAGCGCCAGUCCCCUGCACACCGUCACGGCCACCGCCGCGGCGAUGGGUUCGGUGGGAACGCUGACGAGUGCCAACUCCUCCUCCUCCCUGACCACCACCAUGACCACGGGAGCAGCGCCGCGCAGUCUGCCGGGCGUGCUGCCGGGCAACUUCCAUGCGGAGUACAACCUGCUGCAGGAGCUGGGGCGCGGCACCUUCUCCGUGUGCCGCCUGUGCGAGCACCGCGCCUCGAAGAAGCACUACGCGGUGAAGGUCAUCGAGAAGGCGGCGGUGGCCGCCGCCUCUGCCGCUUCCACCUCUGCCGACUGCUGGGAGGAGGUGGAGAUCAUGCUGCGGUACGGCAACCACCCGAACAUCGUCACGCUCUACUCGGUGUACGAGGACGCGAGCUCCGCGUAUCUGGUAAUGGAGCUGCUUAAGGGCGGGGAGCUGCUCGACCGCAUCCUGGCCGUGGGCCAGAUGUGCGAGAGCGAGGCCAGCGCCGUGCUGCGGACCAUCGCCUCGGCGGUGGCCUAUCUCCACGAGCACGGGGUCGUCCAUCGCGAUCUCAAGCCCUCGAACAUGAUCUACGCCAGCAUGCGCCAGACCCCGGAGACGCUCAAGCUGUGCGAUCUAGGCUUCGCCAAGCAGCUGCGGGCGGACAACGGUCUGCUGAUGACGCCGUGCUACACGGCCAACUUUGUGGCCCCCGAGGUGCUGAAGCGGCAGGGCUACGACCUGGCGUGCGACAUCUGGUCGCUGGGAGUGCUGCUCUACAUCAUGCUCUCAGGACGAACGCCCUUCGCCAGCACGCCCAACGACUCGCCCGAGGUGAUCCUCAAGAGGAUCGGCUCCGGCCACAUCGACUUCAGCAGCAGCCGCUGGUCGCUGAUCAGUGCUCCGGUAAAGGAGCUUCUCCGCCAGAUGCUCCACAUAGUGCCCGAAAACCGGCCGACUGUGGCGCAGAUCCUUGAGCACAGCUGGGUGCGGGAUCAGUUUGCCGGGAGUGUUGAGCUGACGGAGUACACCUCGGCGCUGCCACAACUGUCGCUGGGGGCGCAGCAACAGCAGCAAAACCACAUCUCGAUGGCCCUGCGCGGUGCGGUGGACGCCACAUUCCGGGCGAUUGCCAUUCCGCAGGCGGCCAACGUGGGACCCGUGGAGCUGUCGAUGCUGGCCAAAAGGCGGGCCAAGGACCGGGCCAAUCUUCAUUCCUAAUCCUGGGCCGCACUAUGGUGCCCACGACGCCAGGCCAAGAGGCAGCUAAUUCGAUUAGUCUCCACCAUCUAUAGUAUUUUGAUCCAUUUCUGUGCAUUUCCCCGUCGCCUGGACAAGUGGCGUCGUCGCCACCUCAACAGGAAUGGGAACGAGAAUGGAAAUGGAAAUGGGAAUGGGAAUGGGCAUGGGCAUGGGCAUGGCCAUGCCCGAGGACAUGCUAUAAAUCCCCGUCAGCGUUGUCGCAGUGCCAAGCUGCGGCUGGUCUAGAUUGGGGUUUGGACAGGCGUGCGGAUCAGACAGAAACUCGAAAGUAUUUGACUAAAAGUGUUAAUUAUUUAUUUAAUAUAUAAAAACUAAAGCAAAGAAAGGAAAGGACCGGAACGGAACGGAAAAGUCGGAAGAAGGUGUCAACUGCUGUGCCAACGGCUUCUUAAAGUACAUCCAUAUACCACUAUAUAUAUAUAUAUAUAUAUAUAUUUGUAUAUAUAUAAAGCUAUUUAUAUUACGAAUCCCUGUAAAUCGAAAUGUACGCCUGCGUGUGAGUGUGUGCUGUGCGUGGUGUGGUGGGGAUCGGUACUAUAGGCCUAGCCCCUGCCUGACUGUAGCACUGCUGCCUCCCUUCUUCCUGCCCCAAACACAUUUCCACACACCCGCAUCCACCCACCAGCCCGCACACACACACACACACACACACAGAAGCCUAAGAAAUGCAGAAAUAUUUUUAACUAAAUUAAUCGUAGCUAAAUUUUCCAACAUCACCGUGUUAUUGUUGUUUAAAUAAUUAAUUAAAACGAAACAAAAAAUUAA